GAAUUUUAUCAAUAAAAAAGACCUCUUGUGUCAAUAAUUUUAGAAAACAAGGAGUAAAUAUAUAUUUUAUUGUACAAGUUUUUUGAUAGGUCGGCUCGCUGCGCAAUGUCUCAGCAAGAGAAGCCGUUGAAAACAUCGAAAAUGCUGCGAGCCAAGGCCCAGGAGUUCCUGGCUAACAUGCAGCGAACCGAAUGUCUGCAGGAAAUCGUCGGACACUUCCAGUCUGGAAAUGACACUGUUUCCUGUUUACUUACUUUGGAAAUGCUGUUCACUGCUUUGCUGAAGGACAGGAUUAUGCAUAUAGAGUUCGUGCCGUUUAAAACCGUUGAAGGAUACAGUGAUCAACAGUACAAUGAUUGGAUCAGAAGCAACUAUGAGGGCUGUUUUAGCAAGAUUGUAGAGUGUAUUGGACAUGAAUCUACUAAGGUACAAGUGCAAGCUUUGUCUAGUGCUAUGAACAUUUUAUCAUAUGAAGGAAGAUAUCCAUUGGAAACUAAAGGCAACUUUGAACAAUAUGUACCACUGCAAAAACUCAAACACAUUUUAAUGGAAAUCAUAUCAACCAAACAGAACAAGAGUCAAAUUAUCAAUAAGUAUACAGAGUAUUUAAUGUAUGAUGAUAUAUUAUUUUUUACUUGGAAGGUUUUGCCUUCUCUUACGGCCAAAACAAAUCCCAAGGACAUAUACAUGGUAAACUAUUUGAUGCUAUUAGAAAAGCUUCAAGUCACUAGAAACCCAGAAACGAAAAUUCUGUGUGCUAUAAACAAUGAUGAAUUUUUCACAUUUGACGAGGGUCAGACAAAAAAAGCCUUGAACAAGAUCUGGCAAUGCAUAAUGCGAUGGGAACACACGCCUCAAACACAUAAGCAACUGUUGAUAGUGCUUUUGGAAACCCUACUGCCGCAUUUAGAGAAACCUUUACUAUUGACCGACUUUCUGAUGGAUUCGUUGGAUAUCGGUGGGCCGGUCAGCCUUCUGGCUCUACAGGGAAUAUUUACAAUGAUCCAAGUGCAUAAUCUCGAUUACCCGAAUAUUUUCGCAAAACUAUACUCGAUGUUCGAACCCGAAAUUUUCCAUACAAAAUACAAAGCGCGUUUGUUUUAUUUAUCCGAUUUGUUUCUUAGUUCUACUCAUCUCCCAGAGAAUUUAGUUGCAGCUUUCGCUAAACGAUUGGCCAGAUUGGCUUUAAUCGCUCCAUCCGAGGACGUGAUCAUUAUUUGUCAUUUUAUAGGAAAUUUAAUUCUCAGACACCCUGGAUUGAAAUGCUUGCUGAACAGCACAAACCUCGAUCCGGCCAGUACCGAUCCUUACAUAAUGGAGGAAAGAGAUCCGUUGAAGUCUAACGCGAUCAACAGUUCUCUGUGGGAAAUCCAAAGCUUGCAACAACACUAUCAACCGUCAGUUGCAACGGCCGCCCGUUUCAUAAACUCGCCCCUGCCCAGCGUCGAAUGGGAUUUGAGCCAAGUGUUAGACAAAAACGCCGACGACAUUUUCGACAAAGAGGUUAAGAAACAUAGCAAAUUGAUCGUGUUGCAAUUCGAAAAGCCAAACGGACCGGCGCUUGCCAAAGGCGAAAAACUUAUGCAGUUUUGGGACUUUUAGUUUGGGAGCUGUGACAUUCCGACGGUUUGCGUAGCGAUGUUUAUGCACAUUGAUUUUAAUUAUCGUGUAUUUAACCAAAAUGUAAACCUUUGGUUGUUUUUUAUGUUAUUUUUUACUGGACAGUGAUAUUUAUGCCUGAGGUAUGACUAUACUAAAGGGUUUUCCAAUGUGAGAUAAUCUUGAUGUAUUAUCGUGUUCUCCUAUCAAGAAUUUCACCGUUUGUACUCGUAUUGGGAACCGUAUAUUUGCUGUGUUAUUUUAUAUGGAUAAUCCUAGGAUAGAUAUGUUAAUGUUUAAUACACUUUUAUGUUAAUAAAUUGUUGCUUUUUGUAAA